GAAGUUGUUGCCUGAGUUCUUAGCUACCUGUAAACUGAGAGUCCUGGACUCUAGAUAAAGAAGGGCAAACUCUUAGUGGGUGUGGCUUGGAAAUCAGAACACACACAGAAAGUUCUUUGGAGGAGGAACAGAUUUAUAUAUUUGUGCUAGCUGGGCUAGAGGCAGGCCUACAGGAAAGAGAAAGGAACAAUACUUUCUCUUUGAGCAACAGGCACCUCCCUGCCUCCAGAGUUCUUGUCCUUCCGCCAUGUGGCUCUGUGCCCUGGUCUGGACUUCUCUUGCUGUUUGCACAGUUUGGGCAGGGCACCCAUCCUCACCACCCGUGGUGAACACUGUUCAUGGCAAAGUCCUGGGGAAGUAUGUCAGCUUAGAAGGAUUCGCACAGCCUGUGGCUGUCUUCCUGGGAGUCCCCUUUGCCAAGCCCCCUCUUGGAUCCCUGAGGUUUGCUCCACCACAGCCUGCAGAGCCCUGGAACUUUGUGAAGAAUGCCACCUCCUACCCUCCUAUGUGCUCCCAAAUUACAGGGGUGGGACCAGUGCUCUCUGACGUCUUCGCCAACCAACUAGAAGAUGUUGCUCUUGAGUAUUCUGAAGACUGCCUUUACUUAAAUAUUUACUCCCCUGCUGACUUGACCAACAAAGGCAAGCUGCCGGUGAUGGUAUGGGUCCAUGGAGGCGGUUUACUGUCUGGUGGGGCAUCCACUUUUGAUGGACUGGCCCUGUCUACCCAUGAAAAAGUGGUGGUGGUAGCCAUUCAAUACCGCCUGGGCAUCUUGGGAUUCUUCAGCACAGGAGAUGAACACAGCAGAGGGAACUGGGGUCACUUCGACCAAGUAGCUGCCCUACGGUGGGUCCAGGACAACAUUGCUAACUUCGGGGGGGACCCAGGCUCUGUGACCCUCUUUGGCGAGUCAUCAGGAGGAGAGAGUGUCUCUGUCCUUGUGUUGUCUCCCCUGACCAAGAACCUCUUCCACAGGGCCAUUUCUGAGAGUGGUGUGGCCCUCACUCCAUGUCUGUUCAGGGAGAAUACCAGACGUGGGGCUGAGCAAGUCGCCAUUGCUGCAGGGUGUGAGGCCACCACAUCGGUCGGUAUAGUUCAGUGUCUGCGUGAGAAGACGGAGGAGGAGCUCUUGGCCACGACACUGAAAAUGAAAUUCUUUGCUCUUGAUUUGCUUGGAGACCCCAGAGAGAGCUACCCAUUCCUGACUACUGUGAUUGAUGGGGUGCUUCUGCCAAAGGCACCGGAAGAGAUUCUGGCUGAGAAGAAUUUCAACACCGUGCCCUACAUCGUGGGGAUCAACAAGCAAGAGUUUGGCUGGUAUAUUCCCACGAUGAUGGGCUAUCCACUCUCUGAAGGCAAACUGGAUCAGAAGACAGCCACAUCCCUCCUAUGGAAGUCCUACCCACUUACUAACAUCUCUAAGGAACUGACUCCAAUGGCCAUUGAGAAAUAUCUGGGAGGAUCAAACGGCCCCGACGAAAAUAAAAACCUCUUUUUAGAUAUGAUGGGAGAUGUGUUAUUUGCUGUACCAUCCGUGAUUGUGGCCCGCUAUCAUAGAGAUGCUGGAGCCCCCACCUACAUGUAUGAAUUUAAGUAUCGUCCAAGUUUCGUGUCUGACAUGAGACCCAAGACGGUGAUAGCAGACCACGGUGAUGAAGUGUACUCUGUUUGGGGGGCACCAUUUCUGAAAGAGGGUGCCUCGGAGGAAGAGAUCAACCUCAGCAAGACGAUGAUGAAGCUUUGGGGCAAUUUUGCUCGAAAAGGGAACCCCAAUGGGGAGGGAUUGCCACACUGGCCAGAGUACGACCAGAAGGAAGGGUACCUGCAGAUUGGAGACACCAUUCAGCAAGCCCAGAAGCUGAAAGACAAGGAAGUGGCUUUCUGGACUGAGCUCCGAGCUAUGAAGGUGGAGGAGCCAUCCAAAGGAGACACGGAGAAAUGAGGAGGAAGCGGUGGAGCCCUGGAAGCUUUUAGCAGCCAGGGCAAAGCUGUUCCACAGCAAGUGUUUGUAAUUCAGAGUUUCCUCAUCACCGAGGCUGGAGAGCUGUGUGUCCGGGAUGGGUAGAAACCAGGGGAAAGAAAUGUUUGCUUUCAAUUUGUAAAAUAAGUGAAAUGGUGUUUUUUUUUUUUGGGGGGGGGCAGGGAUCAAAUCAGUGUCUGAGUCUUGAACUACUGAUGAGCCCAUCCUCCUCAGAGAGAUGGAGAGGUCACCACCAGCAGGGGAAACCACUCCUGUGGGAAUAGCUUGGCCUGUAUAUGUGCUGAAUCCCAGCAUGCUUUGAGAUGCUAAUGGGGACUUUGGACAUAUCCAACAAUGAACAUGGACAGAAUGAUGAUACAUAUGUGUGAUGGGACGGUCUCAGUGUUCUCUAGUCUUGACCUCAGCAGCUCUCUCUGUUCUCAUGUUCCCCAAAGAGAUUAAUUCAGACAAGAUGCACACUACAAGAGUAGAUCGUGUAGUCAAGAUUUUAAUUACAACAAACAAAGAAACAGAAAUAAACUCUUUUAGGAAAAUUGUGAGCUGAGCCGCAAUUGCCCCAAUCCCAGC